AAAAAACCAAUUAUUAAAAAAAAAAGAGAGAACUUCGUAUUAAAAAGCGUUUAAUUGAGGAAACACUCGGAUAAGGGGAGAGUUUCGAAUCUGACAGCUCCAUGUGUGCAGAAAGUAUUUCUGCCUUCAUAUAGUUCUUGUUGUAAAGUCUUACAAAACGCUUGAAGGCGCGUGUGCUAGAAAGCCCCGGGUUCGAAAGCUUUGCGCUUGAAGGUCGACCGCGGCUUAUCGUAGAGCCGCGCGCGCGUAUUUCGUUCCCAGUGACACAUACAUAUAUACAUAUAUAUACAAUGCGAGGGACGCACGCGUAUCGCCCCUCGCGGUAUCGCUGCCGAUGACGACAAACGACAUCGAGGGACGGGGCGAGACGCGCUCUCGGAUAUUCGGCCGCGCUUCCUCGCGCCGGCGGCCCGUCGCGAGACAGUCGUCCGGACGCGGUCCCUGUACAACGUCGCGGCGGUCCAGCGGAUGCCGCAGUGCGUCGUCAUCGGCGGCCGCUCGUGUCCGACAUAUUGCGGGCUCGCGAAAAUAGAUUAAGAGGAUGCGGAGCGAUUGUUAUUGGUGUACGCACUUGUUGCUGUGAUCACGUCGCGCGAUGUAUCAAUGGUCGUUACCGUCUCGCGGAUGGUUUUCACCGUCGGACGAUAUUUUCCUGGACCUCGUGAGCGUCGCGACGACGAUUGCGCGCGUCGACGCGUCGACGCGCUGAGCGUCUCGUAACACGAGCGCAUUUUGCAUUUAGUUCUAUUACGAGGCUGAGCGUGCUUCUUCUUCCUCGCAAAAUUUUUUCGAACCAGACGGACAUCCUUAUGUAGCAAGACGUCGGAAUAUGCUUGAAAGCGCGUUAGCCGUGCUGUUGGCAUGGACACUUGCGACCCAGCAAGGACUAUGCGGCAAAUUGGAGAAGGUCGCCCAGCAACCGAACAAUGUCCUGGUGGAUUAUUACGCCUACCGUCACAUCUCGAUUAUCCACUUCAAAGUGCCCGAACUCUCUGUCGCAGUCGCCUUCAAAUUCACGGCGAAAGAAGAGAAGACUGGCGGGAUAGGUAGAUGCUUGCCACGCAAUGUCUCGUUGUACCUAAAGUCCGGCAGUUUGCCAUUCGUCCGUCCUGAUGGAUCUAAAGUGGCCGCGAAGUUAAUGGAGAUGAAGAAACGACGGCGACAUUACGGUCGAGAGAUGCAGAGCAACGGCGAUCAAUAUGUGAUUAAGAUAGAGGCCCCGCCGGCGGGCGAUUGGUACGCGAUCGCCUUCCGAUCCUGGACCGAUCCCGACACGGGGAAGAUCAGGCAGCAAGGUCUUACCGCGUCCUGUGAGACUGUAUUGGAUGCCGAGAUGUUCAUCGAGACACCAGCGACGUUGUCGCUGGUGGAUCCCGAGGUUGAGCAUGAAGUGCAAUUGGACGAAGCAUCCGACACAACGAUAGUGCAGUAUCUUGUAUCGGACGUCGGUCUGGCGGAAGUGAAUCUAGUUUUGGAAUCGUCCUGCGGCGAAGACUGCGUGAUCGCUGUUUACGUCACGGCGGAGGACAACCUCGCUGACGGUUUGCUCAAUUCCACGGCGAUUGUGUUGCCUUUCAAGCCCUACGUCAGCGGCUUCCACUACGUGACCCUACGUCUACUGACUGGAAACGCGUCGAACGUGACGAUGCGAUUGGAUCAUCGAACUAACGAGGACGAUCAUCAGGUGACCUCGGUAAUGCUGUUGAGGAAGUCCUUCCCGGAAUUCUUCCUCUUUGAUUACGAACACCUGCGCGGUAACGACACGAAACCCCAGCCGUUCAACGUGACCGUCAACGCUCUCUCCGUCCUUAGCUUCGAGAUCGGCCGAGUGUACGAUGUUGGUGGUACGGUGACUAUGGGCUUCAAGCUGAUCAACGUGGAGGAAAAGUACAAGAAGAGCAUUGUCCUCGUGGCUUGCGUUUCUUUAGGUUAUUACUCCAACAUUACCUCAGGCGGUGCCUGCGUCCGCGCGCAUACCAUCACGACGGCGGACGUAUACGCGAACGCGACCGAGCCGGCUUACGUGCACAUUCCGUUUCCCGAGACGGGAAUCUGGUACGUCAGUUUGCGCGUCUAUUGUCCCGAGGAGGAGACGACGACGAUGACGACGACAACGAUGACGACGACGACGAUAACGACGACAACGACGAGUAACAGCAGUAGCAGCAGUCACCGCGGCACCAGCAGUGCUUGCUCUUGCGCCCGCAGCUGUUUGCGGGGUGACAUCGUGUGCGAUAGGUGCGACUGCUUGCCUCGCUGCACCGUCGCCCAGGUGGAGAGCAUCGUGUCGUCGUCGCCGUGCAUCGAGGGCCGCUGCGGCGUGCGCGGCAAGUGUAUGCACUACAUGAGCGGCGGUUUUGUCUUCUCGGCAUGUUACUGCACCGGCGGUUAUCGCGGCUUUGACUGCGCGGACGCGACCUACGUUCUCAGCACCGGCGGCAUACUCCUGCAAUUGCUUGCCCUGACCUUUAGCAACCUCGCCUUCCUCGGCUCGAUCUACAUAGCGAUACGCCGCGAGUACUUCACUGAGGCGAUCGCUUACGCCGCGGUCAUGUUCUUCUCGACGUUCUACCAUGCCUGCGAGGCCGGCGAAGAUGUCUAUGGCGUGUGCAUCAUGCGGCUGAGCGUGCUGCAGUUUUGCGACUUUUUCAAUGCGCUGCUCGCCAUUUGGGUGACCCUGGUGGCGAUGGCGUCUUUCGGGCCGCGGUUGACCGCGUUCUGUCAAGUGGCCGGUGCAAUCGUGCUCGCCAUGGGCGCUGAGAUGGAUCGCACGGCGCUCUGGGUAUUUUUGCUGCCGGCCGUCACUGGUACUGCCUUGAUCGGCCUGUCCUGGGGACUCAGAUGCAAGAGAAAGCGAACUGUCAAAUAUCCCUCGCGUCCGUACAGAACCAUCUGCUUCCCAGCCGGAUUUCUUCUCGUCUCUCUGGGUCUCGUGUGUUACGCCUUUCUUCAAACACGUAAGAAUUAUUAUCUUGUUCACAGUUUAUGGCACGUGUGCGUGGCAAUAGCAGUUAUUCUACUUUUGCCAAAGCGCCAAUAUAUGAAGUGAUAGUCCAAAAACUGUGUAUACGUCCAGGGUAAAUUUGAGGAGACCGGGAAUAUUAUCAGAAAAACGCGUGAUAGUAAAUAACCAAAGAGAUAUCAGGGAAAUUAUUAAGAUAUAAACAAAUAGAUGUCAUCCGAUGAUUCGACAGCUUUUAUAUAAAAUAAAUCAAGUGUCGAAUUUUUAUUUUGAAAGACGAACAUAUUUUGGAAAUUUAUGUUAGUUUGUAGCAUCAAUUUUCAUUAAAACUUUUAUAUUAAAAUCUUUAUUUUAAUAUUUAAUUUUUAGAUAAAUUAAGACUUAAAUUAUUAUGUUACUGAAUCACAAAUUAUUAUUUUUUUAACAUAAAAACAUUUUAAUACUUGUUUCUUUAGAGGGAAGUUUCGUAAUAUUAAUAUUUAUAAUCUCGGCUUUUUAUUGUAAAGACGCUUGAUUAAUUUUGUGCAGAAAAGUUGUUCGAUUGAUCGAAUACAUACACGGGGUGCACAUAUAUUAUAUGUAUAUCACAGAGAUAUUAUUCUUCUAAAAACGACGGUGUAUAGAUAUAUGAAAGGAUUUUCAAAGUGAAAUAGAUUUUUGAAAGAGGGAUAACUAGAUCUAUCGAUAGUAUACGCUAUUUAGCAAUAAGAUGCGACGCAUAAAUCAACGACAGUAUUAAAUCACGGUAAGUUGUCCGUAAAAGAAAGAGAUCUGAAUAAUUCAGCGUGAGUCUGGGAAGCAGGUUCUUGCUCAUUUUUUGACAAACAAUAAGGAAGUUGAAGAAAGUUGAUAUCGAUGGUAUUUGGUUGUUCUUUUAGAUUUCGGUAGAGUUAAAAAGUCUGUUGAUUAUAAAGAUCAAAUUCUUGGAAUAAUACAUGGAGAUACAUAGAUAGAAAGAGAAUUAUUAUAAUUAUUGCUGAAGUGUUGAAUUGCUCUUGUGAUGUUGAAAUUUAUAAAAGCGUAGUUAUCUAUCGUUUAACAAAAUCUUCCCGAAACACGUUUUGACAUUCCGAAAAAUUUUGUCGAUUGCACAAAAAUUUAAAAUGUUUUACUAUACUUUUAUUAAUUUAGUCGUACGUGACGACCUGUUUACAAGGACCAACAUAUAUAUUUCUAGGAUACGUAAAAUAUCUGAAAUGCGUGAUAAAAGAUUUCUCGUUCCAGUGAGGCUUCUUAUUUACAUAAAUAUUUCUUACUAUCCUUAAUCUCCUAUCAGCAUUCACUAUUAUUUCUGUUAUAGCGUUAUUAUAAUGCUCUGUGAUUUAUAAUUAUUACGUAUUAAUUUUAUUGUUCUUAGAAGACAGUUUAAUGACAGAACUUUGUAAAAGUAUGCUAUAUGCGAUAAGUAUGCAUUCCUUAUUAUUCCAUAUUCUCGGCUCUUAUGUAUAGAAAGUAUUAAACUUUAAUUUCUUUUUAUUAGAACUGAAUAAUUUAAUGUUUAUCUGAUAUGCUAAUGUUCUGAUAUGAAGAUAAUGCGAGCGUAGAAAUGUAAAUUUAAGAGAAUAAGUCCUUUUUCUCUAGAGAAUCUAUAUCUCGCACAUAAACGUCCUGUUGCGAGAAUAUACGAGGGUGAAUAAAAAAGUAAAGAUAUAUAUCUUUUCUAUUUUAGACUUUUGCAUUUUAAAUUUGACGGUUAAUGUAGGAAAAAAACCAAUACAUUUAUAAUACAUAUAGAAAUUAUAUUUUUCUCUAUAUAAAGUGUGAAUUUUCUGUAAUACACAUGUUAAAGACCGGAAUGAAAAUCUGUUAUUUUUAAUAGUUAACUUUUUAAUUAGCUUCGAUUUUUCAAUUUUUGUGAGGAUUGCAUUUUUUUAAAUAUAUAUUAUAAAUAAUUAAAAUUUCUCUUUUUUUUUAACUGAUUUAAUUUUUCAAUUGAUAGAGACAAUUGCAUUGUGACGAGUCAAAGGAGUGAAGAAAUGGGAAAGACACCUCAUGCCUUUACUUUACGAUUCACCCUCGCAUCUGUGUGCAGGUGAUGUGCGUAUUGUUGUCCGAGAAAAAUGUCUCAUUUAUAGGAUAAAACGUCAUCGUCAUGGGCAGUGCCUGUACUGAUCGUUGACACGUGUUAAGAGCGACGCGCCGCGACCGCGUCGCGACUCUAGUCGAUUUUAUUUUUUUCAAUGUGAAAGCUGUAGACUAUAUAAUAUUUUCUACAUAGUUAAAAGAGAGAAAAAGGUGUCACGCUGAAUGCACGAGCGUGGGGGAUUCCACAGAGGGUUUCACUUUUAUUAUUAGUUUAUACACAUACACACACACAUAUACACAUGUAAUUCUCUAUGAAAUAAAGAUGAAAUUAUCGUU